UCAGAAAAUGAUGCGCUGCUACCGCAUGACGGGCAGACGGAUUCAAAACGAGCUGAAUUAGACAAUGCUGGUGUUGCAAGGAUUACGGACGAUCGCGGACAAGGUUCACACUCACAUGAUACUGAAAGAGAUAAAGAUGAAGAAAUCGAGGAGACUGGGUUGAAGGACGUUUCAGGGGAAGAAGAGAUGGAGGACAAGCCUUCGCCUAGAGAUACUCCUGGUCCCUUUGUAAAGAUCGACAGUAUUUCCAAAGACAAGGAUAUCGUCAUUGCUUACACGCCCAAUAAAUCUUUGGAGCAGCUAAUCACUGUUGGUAUGUUCUGGUUAUUUAUAUCUCUUCGAUCGCGAAGGAGUAUUUACUGA